AUGGCUGGAAUGGGUCAAGGGAAACAAAUCAUGAAUUAUGCUGGGCCCACAUUCCAAGGAGUUCCUGGGAAAUUCUCGAAUUUGUCAGGAGUUCCUGGGAAAUUCUCGAAUUUGUCAAGAGUUCCUGGGAAGUUCUCGAAUAUGUCUAGAAGUUAUGGGCCUGUUGUGUUCGACUCUCCUACUGAGGAUAUGAAGACUCAUCUUAAGCCUCUACUAUUAACUUUGAUGAUUGAGGGACAUGAAGUGAGAAAAGUGUUGGUUGAUGGAGGAGCAGCCAUAAAUAUACUUCCAAUAACCAUUCUGAAAAGGUUUGGAAAGACCAUAGCUGAUCUAAAGCCUCAUAACAUCCUCAUAUCAGAUUAUGCAGGAGAGUCAUCACAACCUGAGGGCAUGAUUUUGCUAGAUGUGCAAAUAGGAAGUGUGAAACGAACAACCAUGUUCAUCGUGACUCCGUCGAAGGCAAAUUUCAAUGUUCUGUUGGGGCGAGAAUGGAUACAUGGAUUUGGAGCUGUUUCUUCGACUGUUCACCAGAAAAUCUUUUUCUGGAAUGAUGAUGAAGGUUUAGAGGUACUUGAUGCUGACUAG